AGUCAGCAUUUGGGAUGUUGCUGCUUUAAACCUUCCCUGCGGUCCGGGCUCGGUCCCGAGAACGCUUCCAUCGGGCACGACCCUCGUGGUCUGGAGCCUGGCUUACAGGCUGAGGACCUGGACCGCUCUUCGAGUCCUGUCACCACAUUCUCCACGCUGGAGUCCGGGGUUCGAGGGAUGCGAGGGGUUCGGUGCUGUGAAGCCGGAUGGCAGGCCGUCCUGAUGUCUGAAGUAUUUGUUCGUGUGGCGACCGGCAGUAGCUUGAGUCUGGCAGGUUUUGCUCCAACAUUGGUUGAGAGUGCCUGUCCCAGCUUUGGCGAACUGAAGUUAAAAUGGGUCAUACUAAUUUGGCAAAUAUUGUCGACCUGCAAAAGAAUACUGCCAACAUCAGGAAUAUCUGUAUCAUAGCUCAUGUGGACCAUGGAAAAACCACGUUAGCGGACAGCCUUAUUGCUAGCAAUGGAAUCAUUUCUAAUCGACUUGCAGGAAAGUUACGGUAUAUGGACAGUCGAGAAGAUGAGCAGAUCCGAGGAAUCACAAUGAAAUCCAGUUCCAUAUCAUUGCACUUCAGUAUGGAUAAUCAAGAAUACCUCAUCAAUAUGAUCGAUUCUCCUGGUCAUGUGGAUUUUUCUUCUGAAGUAUCUACUGCCGUGCGUGUGUGUGAUGGUGCUGUUGUUGUUGUAGAUGUUGUUGAAGGUGUUUGUCCUCAGACUCAGGCAGUGUUGCGCCAAGCUUGGUUGGAGAACAUUCGCCCAGUUUUAGUCAUUAACAAAAUAGAUCGACUGAUCAUUGAACUAAAGCUAACUCCAUCGGAGGCUUAUAUUCAUUUGCAGAAGAUUCUAGAGCAGGUAAAUGCGGUAACUGGGAGUCUUUUUACUUCAAAAGUAUUGGAAGAGAGAGCGGAGAUGGAUGUCACACCAGAGCCCAGUUUAGACUCGAAGACCAGUGGACAGAUUUAUGACUGGAGUGCUGGCUUGGAAGAAACAGAUGAUUCACAUCUUUACUUUGCCCCUGAGCAAGGAAAUGUGGUUUUUGGAAGUGCUAUUGAUGGCUGGGGCUUCAGAAUUGAAGAGUUUGUCCAGAUGUACAGUGAAAAAGUGGGUAUUAAAGCUGAAGUGCUGCUGAAGACUCUUUGGGGUGACUACUAUCUGAACACAAAAGCAAAGAAGAUAAUGAAAGGAGCUCAGGCAAAAGGCAAAAAGCCUCUCUUUGUGCAAUUAGUGCUAGAAAACAUCUGGAGCUUGUACGAGGCUGUGGUUGUCCGAAGGGACAAAGAAAAAAUUAACAAGAUAGUAAAUUCACUGGGUCUAUCCAUUCUACCUCGUGAUUCACGACACACAGAUCCUCGAGUACAUCUCAAUGCCAUCUGCACUCAGUGGCUUCCCAUCUCUCAGGCUGUGUUGUCAAUGGUUUGUCACAAGCUACCUAGCCCAUUGGAUAUUACUGAGGAACGAGUUGAAAAGCUUAUGUGUGUGCGCAGCAGAAGGUUUGAUUCAUUGCCGACCCAAACCCAAUCACUCAAACAAGCAUUUCUUGAAUGCAAGAGUGAUGAAACAGCUCCAGUCAUUGUAUUUAUUUGCAAGAUGUUUGCUGUUGAUCCUAAGGGUAUACCUCAGAAUAAGCCAAGACCCCUGACUGAAGAAGAAAUAGCUCAACGGCGUGAGCAAGCCAGGAAAAGACAUGCUGAAAAACUUGCAAAUCAGUGUCAGCAAUUGGGAGAAAACCCAGAGAUCUCUGCCGCCAAUGCAAGCACAAAAGACAUCCAGGUACCAAACCAGAUGGAACAGGCAGAACAACAGGAAAGUGAACAGAAAGACCACUUCAUUGCAUUUGCCAGGGUAUACAGUGGAACAAUCCGCAGAGGGCAAAAGUUGUAUGUGCUAGGCCCAAAAUAUGACCCUUCAGAGGCUUUAGCCAAGUUGCCUGAAAAUUACGCACCUGGUGAAGACCUAUUGAUCCCACAUCUGAGUUGUUGUACAGUGGAGGACUUGUAUCUGCUAAUGGGUAAAGAACUAGAAGAUGUUCAAGAAGUACCUGUUGGCAAUGUGCUAGGUAUUGGUGGCUUAGAAGAUCACGUAUUAAAAUCUGCCACGUUGUCAACUUCUCCUUUAUGCCCACCUUUUACACCUUUGAACUUUGAAGCAACCCCCAUUGUACGAGUAGCUGUGGAGCCCAAACAUCCAUGUGAAAUGCCGCAGCUGGUGAGGGGAAUGAAGUUACUUAACCAAGCUGACCCAUGUGUGGAGGUGCUAGUCCAGGAGACAGGAGAACACGUAUUAAUAACUGCCGGAGAAGUCCACCUCCAGCGUUGCUUAGAUGACCUCAGAGAAAGAUUUGCAAAGAUUAAAGUCAGUUCAUCAGCACCAAUUGUUCCAUUCAGAGAGACUAUCAUUCGACCACCAAAAGUGGAUAUGGUAAAUGAAGAUAUCGGCACUCAGCAAAAAAUAGCUGUCAUUCACCAAAAGAAAGAGGAUCAAAAUAAAUAUCCUGAAGGCGUCAUUGUGGAUUCUGAUGGACUGGUGACUUUAAAUACACCCAAUAAGUUAUCCACUGUCAGCGUGAGAGCCAUGCCACUUCCAGAUUCAGUGACGCAGUUACUCGAAGAACAUAGUGAUCUGAUUCGUACCAUGGAACAGUUCAACCUAUCAGUAAAAGAAGGCAGAGAAGCUCAAGAAAUAAACUCGACCACACUUGAGGCUAUUAAGACAUUUAAGCAAAAGCUAGAAGAGAAUUUUGUAGGCCGGAAAUGGAGAAAUGCAGUGAACCAAAUUUCAUCAUUUGGACCACGGCGCUACGGCCCCAAUAUUUUACUGAAUGGGUUAAAAAACUAUGAUAGGCCGUCGAUGUGGCAGUGCCUUGACAAAAGCAGUAGGGAUUCAGGAGCCUACCGGAAUUUUGACAAUAGUAUAAUCAGUGGAUUUCAGUUGGCUACUCUUUCAGGUCCUAUAUGUGAAGAACCUCUUAUGGGUGUUUGCUUCAUUUUAGAAAAAUGGGACAUGAGUAAUAAAGUGAAACAGUUUGUUCAACCUUCCACAGAGGAACAGGCAUCGAAAACUGAGGUGCACCAAGAGAUAACUUCAGAAGAAAAUAGCCUUACUGAUUUGAAGCCCCUGUUAGAAAGCCCAAAGCAACAAACUGAUGAGAGUGAGAGCAGCCAGACUCUAGCCAAAAGUCUGGAUGAUGGAAAAUGUAACUCUGAAGUAGCACUUACGGAUUGCUAUGGUCCUUUCUCUGGCCAGCUCAUUGCCACAAUGAAGGAAGCUUGUCGUUUUGCAUUUCAGGCAAAGCCUCAGCGGUUAAUGGCAGCGAUGUAUACGUGCGAGAUUAUGGCAACUGCCGAAGUGUUAGGUCGAGUCUAUGCAGUCCUUUCGAAACGAGCAGGCCGGGUGUUACAGGAAGAAAUGAAGGAAGGGACAGAAAUAUUCAUCAUCAAGGCUGUUUUGCCGGUUGCAGAGAGCUUUGGUUUUGCUGAUGAAAUCAGGAAGCGUACAAGCGGCCAAGCCAGCCCACAACUUGUGUUCAGUCACUGGGAGGUAAUUGCAAGUGAUCCAUACUGGGUUCCCACAACAGAGGAAGAGUACCUGCACUUUGGAGAGAAGGCUGAUACUAUAAACCAAGCACAGAGAUACAUGAAUACUGUGCGCAAGCGGAAGGGUCUGUAUGUGGAAGAGAAGAUCGUUGAGCAUGCUGAAAAGCAAAGAACCCUCAGUAAAAACAAAUAAUAUCUCCAAAAUAUAAACUGCACUAAGAAUACUUAUUAAUCUGCGAAGAAUGGUAAGCUUGCAGAUGAAAUGUAAAAUUUGUGCAAAUGAAACCUGGCAUAUUUGUAUUCAUAUUUUAAUAUGAAUACCUUCAAAUUCAAAUCAUGCCUUUACUGCUCCAAUUCCUUGUGAUUAUUGAGUACAAAGAGUCAUCAGAUGAAGGUGCAGUCAAACUAAAACAUGUUGAGAUUACAUGUAAUGUACUUGAUAUACUUUUUGAAAGAAAGUGUGCCACAUUUACUUGAAACUGUGGUUAAUGAACUCAGGCAUUUAUAUGGCAUCCUGUGCAGUUUGUAGAUGUUGGCAUUUGACAUUCAUUUGCUCUGUUUUGAAGUACUCCAAACUAACCCAAGAGUUUCAGGCAGCACAGCUGGGUCCUUUAAUCAUCCUUAAUCCUGAUUCAAUCGAUCUAGAUUGAAAUUUCAAGAAUGUGAUGCUUAUGACUCUCCUGUUGAACUAAUCUCACCAGGUUCAAAUUAAAACCAAUUAACCACCUAUUGAAAUAAUUUUAUGAAAUAAAAUUGAAACCAGUGGUUGUACUGCAGUGUAGUAAGACUUUAUAUAGGAAGCAUCUGCAAAAGUCCGAUUUUGUGGGUGCUAGCUUAUUACUGGGUAUAGCUGUAUAUUGCUCAGAUUGCUGCAGCAGAGCCAGUUACUUCCAAAAAUAUUUUAACUCCUUUAAAGUACAACGUGGACUCCACCUUUUGCAAGUAUUGCCAUCUCAUUGAUAUGUUACUUAUUAAAAGAUUUUGGAUGUAUAAAGUUGAAAGUAAUCAUGAAAAAAAUAGGUUAUUCUAUAUAUGCAGCACAGUGCGUUCAUUUCCAGUUGCGGAUUUAAAUAACUGCAUAUUCUGUCAUAGCCUGAAGCAUAUAGUGGAGAAAAGGAUUCACUUUUUAUGAGGUUUCAGUUUGGUCUAGGGUUGCAUUUCUUUCGUUUUACAGCACGUGGUAUUCACAUAGUUUAUUGCUGGUAGUUCUGUUUCUUUGGAUAAUUCAAAUUGUUUUCACACAAGCAAUGAAUACAAAAUGGUCUUAUAUUGUUCCAGAACAGCAUUGGUAACUUAAUUUAAGAGUAGACUGUGAAUGCACUUGUAUGUCAAUCCAUAUAUAAACAAUAACUGGUCAAUAACUUGUGAGGCAUAAAACUAUUUUUGUUUUCUGCAUUGUAAAAUAUGAUUAAAGAAUGAUUCUAUAAUGUUAAAUUUGCUUCAGUUAACUUUUUUGUAUCAGGAAGUUCUGCAUGAAUUCUUCAGGAGUCAUGUUAUGGGAGAUUUCAACAGGUGGUUGGUGUGGAUCCCAAGAAAGAAUUUGUAGAAUACCUAUGAGGUGGCUUUUAGAGCAUCUUGUUGUUGAUCCCACGAGGGGAAAGAGUAUUCUGGAUUGGAUGUUGUGUAAUGAACUGGAUUUGAUAAGGAAUCUUAAAGUAAAGGAACGCUAAGGAGGCAGUGACCAUAAUAUGAUAGACUUUACCCUGCAAUUUGAGAGAGAGUAGUAUUACAGUGGAGUAAAGGCUCGAAGGGCCAGAAGGUCCUACUCCAUACUGUGUCACUAAAUAAAAAUAAAAUAAAAUUUUCCUUGCUGAUGAUGGCACAUAAGCUGAUCGAUUCUACCCUGUGACCUCUACUACCAAAAGGGCCAGAGAAGCAGCUACUUCAAGUUCUCCUCAGGCCUCAGGCUAUCUUGCUUCGGGCAAAUUUUGCUCCCACCUUCUCCCCACCAACCCCUCAGUGUAGCUAAGUCGGAAUUUUGGAAACCAAUACCAAUAGCUGUGUGAGAACAUCAAUGGACAGCAGCAUUCAGGAAGGUGGUCAUUACCACCAUUUCAGGAGCAAACAGAAAAUAGACCAUGCUGCCUUUCAAACCUGCUCUGCUAAUCAAUUUGAUCAUGAUUUUGGUGAGAAGACAGUAACUGUGGUGCCCUAUAUAAUUGCAGCAAGGCCUCCUCACCUAUGAAGUGCAACAUUUUGGCCACUAAGUCCAAUGUAUUGAUUACACUGGACAACUAAUUUUAUCGGAAGUGUUGCGUCUUCAGAACUUUUUUUUUUCUGUUUAUGAUAGAUCUACUAAUAUAAUUUCACUCUACUUGCAGUUCGUAGAAAUUUGGAGAAACAAGAAAUUAACUUUUAUUGAAUGCAAGGCGUUUAAUUUUAUAACUGUGCUGACACUUUGCAAUAAUUCAACUAAGCUAAAAAGGUUUUGUUGAUGGUUUUCAUUUGUACUCUGAGGUUUCUUACAUAAGUGACCAGGAUUAAUCAUCCAGCAUUGGUGGAUUUUAGUUGCCCUGAUACUGUUUUUCCAUGACUGCAAUGUCCUGGUGAACCCUUUCACUGUGCUCGUCACUGACAGUGCCAAGAUUUGCAGGGAAGAAGUCUAAAUGGGAAUUUGGAAAAUGAAUCUUUAGUGACAUUCUUUACUUUAUGGUUUUGUGUGUUUGAAGCAUGUUGUUAAGCAGCUGCACGUAGUUUGGUGCUCUGUAGUUGCCAAGAAAAUUUUCAGCAACAUCCUUGAAAGCCUUCCAUGCAAUUUUCUCCAGUCGCACAAGAAUUCUUGAAUUGCCUAUCAAUAAUUUGUGGACCAGCAAAAAUGCCUUCCUUAAUCUUGGCAUCAGUUAUUCUGGGAAACAUCUGUGUCAAAUAUCAAAAUCCUCCAGGGAAAUUUAUAGCCUUUCUAAAACCUGACCUGUCAUGCAGCAUCUACCCUGUCUAAGUAUGCCCAUGCAUACCUGGACAGGAUAGAAAACUUCUCAGCUUACAUUGUGGGGAACAUUUUAAUUGAAUUAUGAAUUGAAAUAACAAAUGUAGGUCAUUUCAAAAACAGGUGCGUGAUAGGGAAAUUUCAUGGUGAUUUUCAUAGUUACACCCAAAAGUACUCAGGAAGUGAAAUCUUCUAAACUGUCUGCUGCUGUUGCAUGUUUCUUUAACAUGUGAAAAGGAUGCUCAAAUCCUUUUGAAUCUCUACAUUAAGAACUCAUCUCACCUUUUCAAAUAUUCUGCUUUUCCAUUCUCCAUCCAAACAAAUCACCUUAUCUUCUAUUUGUCACCACUUUGCCCAUUCAGUUAAGUUGUAUGUAUCAAUUUACAUUAAUACAGAUAUAACUGAGAUGGUAAUGACUGCUUCAAUGGCAAUUCUUUGUACUGUUAAUUGAUUGGGCUCAAGCACUGACAAUGUAGAAGUUCAUUGUGGACAGCCCUUCCCAGGUUACAAAUGCCUGACCUAUGUAUAGUCUGUACAUACAAGCAAGCAUUUGGGAGACUGGCAGAGUGGGCUUGUCCACGACUGUGUGACUGCAAGGAUCCUCUGCUGUGCAGCAACUCAGUCUGUGGUGGUAUCAUUGUGUCAUGCAGAGAAAUCUGAACAGUUGAGCUGGUUAACUACACGUGGCCUUGUUUGGUGUCUUUUACUUUGAGUGUAAAUCCAGUUGGCAACAUUUCUGACUUGUGAAUGGUUUGUAACCUAAACAGUUCUAGGGAAAGGAAUCCUGUCAUAACCUGGAGGAGAUCUCUAUCACCAUUCUGAAAAUAACUUGCUUAUUCCUAAUCACUAAUUCCUGUCUGUUCUUCCGCUAAUACAUGUUGAUAUGUUAUCCCAAAUUCCCUGCCAAUAUUGCUUGACAUUCUAUUGUGUGGCCUUGCAUUUAGUACUUUAAAAUCCAAAUAUAUUAUAACAUCUAUUCUUUCCCUAUGCAUACAUUUUCAAAGUUCAAUAGAUUUAUCAAGCAAACAUAUCUUUUCAAUUUUCUUAGGCGGUCUCCAGGUUGACUGACUUUCACUCCAGUUUCAAGGUGGCUAAUGAAGCCAAGUGAUGGAAUAGCCAACUUCCCCUUUCACGAGACAGAAGACAGCCAAGGAGUGGUCAUAUGGGUGGUUCAUGAGAUGGUGUACUCCUUCUACUUUUGAUGCAGGACUCUUUGUGUUCCUUUUACAAGGACUCAAGGUUCUCAAUACUUAUUUACUUUGUAUGGUCUUGGGCCAAAGAUUCUCAUGAAUCAAUGGGAUUGUUUCAUUUCCUCAAGGAAGCUUUGAUCAGAUCCUUGAAUUUUGUCCUCCAUCCAUUUGAUAAUGUCUUCACAUGGCAGAGUUUAGAAGUAGGCUGGAUAUCUGAGUGAUGUGGCCUGCCCAAGGCAGUUGACUGAGUGCAACUCAAGCCUCACUUCUGAGGAUGUUGGUCUGAAUUGUGUUCUCAAUAAAAUCAUGUUAUUGAUGUUUAAUAAAUGCUAACCUUGUAAUUUCCAUAACCAGUUAAUGU